GAGAACAGCAGCUUGGAAGGCUCCCCCGGUUGCAACAAACAAGGGGCUGGGAUCAACGGAGCCAUGUGGGUGAGCACCUAAGAUUUUCUCGCCAACAGGAUGGUUUCUGCAGACCGCUUGGCGACUCAUGGCGACUUGCUUCUGCUCUCUAUUUUUCCUCUUUGUCACCCUUUAAAGCCACACGUUUGUGCUGGUUCCUAGCUUAGGCGCUUACUCAUUAUCCACUGGCUGUGGCGAGCUGUGUACCCUUGGAUGCACGCCCGUAUUCGUCACCAACCACAAAGGCACCCUAUUUUGUUUGCAGCAGCCACUCCUCUACUGCUCCCCCUCCUCAACCGCCUGGCGUUUCAUCUCCACACGCUAAGCGCCUGCUUUUCUCCCUAUACUUUCCCAGCGCAAUAUGUCAGGUAUAUCACCGGACCACCUGGACGACCAGCCGUUCAGCACCGAUUUCCUCGAUGCCUUCGACGACAUCGACCGCAACAUUCGCAGUCUCAUCGACAACCAGAAAUACCUCGGAUCCCCGCCGCUCUCAGUCGCCAGCACCGCCAGCAUCAGCCGGCCAGCGCCUGAGAACGAUGACGAGGAGGCAGCCGUGGCGUUUCUGUGCAGUGCCCUACCGCACUACGAGGGCCCAACACCAAUAUUCUACGACAGCCUGGAUUCUGCGCUCGACGCAUACGCUAAGGAAACCGAGGAUGUGCCGGAGGAGGAGUCGGUGGAGGAUGCAGCAUGGGAAUGCGUGGAGACUAGCCAGGUGGAUGAUGACGGACUGGACAACUACCAGGGGUGGAUUGACUUCGAGCUGGUAAUGGAGAUAGCGCAGAAAAUAUUGCCUGUGGAUGGCGCAUGCACGACUGGGGCGCGGUCCGAGACUGACUACAUGCUGGUUUACGAGAUUGUCCCGGCUGACAGCACUGAGGCAUUGUGGGUUUUGCAGGUGCCCCGGCCCGGGGUGCCUGCCAGGGUGCUUGAGAGCGAGAUUCUGACAGUGACGUACGUUGGGCAGAACUCGGGCCUGCCAGUGCCCGUUGUGUGGAGCUACGACUUCGAUCCGGCCAAUUCGGUCGGCGUGCCCUAUGCGAUCAUGUCGAAGCUGCCGGGCGUCUCGCUGGCCAAGUCCUGGUAUACCAUGACUGCUCUGCAGAAGCGCUCGGCGCUGGCGCAGAUUGCUGACGUGGUCGUGCAGCUCUCACAGCUCGAGUUCCCGCUCAUUGGCUCACUGCGGCUCGAAGACAAUCUGCCCACCAUUGGGCCCGUGCUCGACCCGCGCCAGAUCGAAGACGGCUACUGUGACGUAGACAUGCAGUACGGCCCGUUCACCACCACCAUCGACUACUACCGUGCCAUGAUCAAUGCCUCCUCCGCAGCGCUACAAAUACUGGACGGCACUACGGGCCUGUCGCUCGACCAGAUCGAAAUUGCCCAGUACCUGGAUAUGUCGGAGCAUUUUGCCUGCACAGCGUACAAUCAGGGACCGUUCGCCGUGUCGCUGUGCAACUUUGACCGCCACCAUUUUCUAUUCAACUCCGAUUUCCGCCUGACCGGGAUUGUGGACUGGUCAUUCAGCGCUAUCAAGCCCCUGCCGACGCUGCUACAGGCACCAUCGUUUGCCUUUGACGAUACUCCGCGCUGGGAGCCAAUUCUGUUGGAGCCCCGCAAUGCCUACCGCCGCAACCUUGUCCGGUACCGCCAGUGGUUCAAGGCUGGUGUGCAAAAGUCUGCCUGGGCCUUGUUGGGCAAAAGUACAUCCGAGGUGUUUGCUGAGCUGGUCAAUUCCGGAUACUGGCGGUACAAGUUUGAGAGCGAGAUCAUGGAGCAUGUGCGGUACUCCAACCCGUGGUCCUUCCGCGCUAUCUGGGAGCAUAUACACAAGGGCGAGGACUUUGCCAUGUGGUUUGCAUCGUUGCGUGCAGAUGAGUAAAAAACGGGUUUGUGCCGGUCAUUUUCAGUUAUUGUAUUAUAUUUUUCGGUUCAUUU